UUUUGAUAUAUAUAUGAGCAACUUUAUUUUAUUUAUUUUACCAAAAAAACUUUAUUUUAUUUAUGUUUAGUUGGGUUUCGUCCUUGAUGGAAGUUAAUUUUUUUUUUAAUUGUCAACGCUUUUAAAAACAUUAUUUUCGUGAGAGGAAGAAAACUGCUUGGUGGGAUAGGUGGUCCCUGGCGGCGAUGACGCCUAAUUUGCCAAUUGGAAGGCCAGAGACCUUCUUUCCAAUUUAUUUUCUCUGUGGAUAACAAUGACGUGGCAUUAAUUUGGCAUAAGCCAGUAUGGCAUUAAUUUGGAACAAUCAUUUUAUUGGUGAAGAAAACCUGUUGUCUUUUUUUUUUUCAAAUCGAUCAAUGAUAAUUGUAAUUACUCAUGACGAUAUGUCAUGGGAGCUUUUUUUUCUUUCUUUAGGCUUCGAAUAAUAACGCGGUUUAAGCGGUGCGGAACAAGCGGUUUAACUGCGAUGCGGUUUUAACAGUUAUAAAAACGUAUAGAUAUAUGGCAUAUGUAGAGAUUUUUGUUAGUGUUAACUGCGGUGCAGGACGGAACGGUUCGUAACAUUCAAAACUUUUAGAAAGUAUGUCAUGGGAGUAUUAAUUAAGGCAUCAAAGUGUUGAUCUAAGAUUUUUUAUAACCUAAAGACAAUUUUUAUUUAAAUGAACUAUUUUAAUAAAUCCGGAUACGCGAAAAAGGAAUAAUGAAUAUGGAAUGCACGAUCAUAAAUAAUGUUGUUAUUUUCAUUCUUUUAAUUAAAAAGAUUGCAUAAUCUUUAUUAUUUCAUUAAAAUGAAUAGAUAAGUUUUUAUAUUGCUUAAUUAGCUUUUACUGGUUGUACAAAACAGAAACUAGUUUAUAACAGAAUUGAGUCUCUGGAUUUAUUCUGUUUUCAACAAGAAAGAGAAAUGUUAGUUUUGUUUUGCUAGACUGGAGAACUUAUAAAAUAAGACUAAGGGAUUUCCCUAAAAGUAAAACAAAAUAGUUUUCUUGUAAAACAAAAUAGUUUUCUUUUUACAAAACUAAUGAGAAAAGAGAACAAUAUAUGUUAUAAUUCCACUUGUUAUUCCAAUAAAUUAUGUAUUUUUGUUACAAUGUAAAUUUUUUGUUUUAAUAAAUUCUGGUGUUGAAUAAAAUUGAGAAAAUGUGAAGUGAAGAACAAAAUUCCGCUUUUAUUCUAAUAAAUUAUGUAUUUUGUUACAAUGUUAAUUUUUUGUUUUAAUAAAUUAUGGUGUUGAAUAAAAAUGCGAAAAUGUGGAGUGGAAAAAAUGCUUUUAUUUUUGCAUGACACAACGAUUGCAAAAAAAAAAAAAGAAGCAAAAAAGAAAUUAAAGUCUCCAGCUCAAGAAUCCACUUCUCUAGUAAGCUAUCUACUCCUCUCUGUUUUACGUUAGUUUUUAGUUGAUUUUUGUCGGACUUUAAGAGAAAGAGAAAGUGGCCUAUCGACUAUCGUGGACUUUCUCUCUAUAGAGAGAGAGAGAGAGAAGCAAAGAGGAUUCGUUCGUUUACUUGCUCAAAGCUCGAAACUUUCAUCUCUUCCUCCUUAUUGGGGCUUUGAUCAGCUUUUUUUAAAUCCGGAGAAAAGGAACUAUCUUUAGUCUCUGCUCGUAAUCAAAAUCCGAUCUUUCUUGAGGCGUUUGAGAGAGAGAGAGUCUUGCUUCGAUUUGGAUCCCGAUUAAGGUUUCCUUCUGCUUGCAGUUAGACUCCGUUGAUCUGGACGGAGCUCCGGAUCUCCGGGUCGUGUUAGCGAGGAAUUAGGGUUUUGAGCCAUCCUUCUUCAUUUCUCUGUUGAUUCGAGGGGAUGGAGAAGUUCACAGGCCCAUGCUCGAUGCUCUAGCAUUCCGAGUAUGAAGAUGAACAUGAAGAAGUUUCUAAAAAAGCUGCGGAUCACUCCGAAUCAACGCGAAGACGGGGAAGGCUCGGUCUCAAACAGGAGCAACAAGUCGAGUGAUGCAGAGCCAUCUCCUUCUCAAGAUAGCCAUCAUAACCCUGAGUUCAAACCCUUUGCGGGGUUUUCGAAUUGGUUAAGCUCUGUUGCUCAGAGGAAAAGCUCUAGCACAACAACUUCUUCCAAUGCUAAUAAUAGUAGUAGCACAGGGGAUGAGGCGAGCUUGGAGCGUGGUGGUGGUGGUGCUCCCGUUGUGUCUGAAUCCGUGAUGAAAGAUUUGGGUUCUGGUACUUCCAAGGAUCCUGUGGUUGAGGAAGAGUAUCAGAUACAGUUGGCUUUAGAGCUAAGUGCUAGGGAGGAUCCUGAAGCUGCUCAGAUUGAGGCUAUUAAACAGUUCAGUUUAGGUUCCUGUCCUCCUGCUCCUGAGAAUUCUCCUGCUGAGCUCAUGGCGUAUAGAUACUGGCAUUAUAACUGUCUUGGCUAUGAUGACAAGAUCGUGGAUGGUUUCUAUGACCUGCGUGGAGUGAUAAAUGAAUCUUCCUUAGAAAAGUUACCUCCCUUAGUUGAUCUUCAGGGGACACUUGUGUCAGAUGGUGUUACUUGGGAAGCUGUUCUAGUGGACCGAAGCAAGGAUUCUAAUCUGUUAAGACUUGAACAGAAGGCUCUUGAUAUUGCAGCGAAAUCAAAGUCAGUGUCUUCUUCAGGCUUUAUGAACAGUGAAUUGGUGAGGAAGCUGGCGGUUUUAGUUGGAGAUUACAUGGGUGGACCUGUUGUAGACCCAGAUAGCACAUUAAGAGCUUGGUGGAGUCUGAGCUACAGUCUGAAAGCAACCCUCUGUAGCAUGGUUUUGCCCCUGGGUUCUCUAACUAUUGGAUUGGCUCGUCAUCGCGCCUUGUUGUUCAAAGUUUUGUGUGAUAGUGUUGGUGUUCCUUGUCGAAUAGUCAAAGGACAGCAAUAUACCGGUUCAGAUGAUGUGGCAAUGAACUCCAUUAAGACUGAUGAUGGCAGGGAGUACAUUGUUGAUCUCAUGGGAGAUCCAGGCACCCUCAUCCCCGCUGAUGCAGCUGGACUACAAAUGGACUAUGACGAUUCUGUCUACUCUGCUAGUCCCAGAGACGUUGAUUCAUCUCAUGUAGCUUCUUCCAGCAGUUGGGUUGAGACCUCAUUUGAAGAGCCCGCAGAAUCUUGGUCAGCAGAACAUCCCUCUAGGACCAAGGGUUCCUGGGAGGAAAAGCAAUCUGAAGGUGGAGGUGAUCUCAUGAUCCGUCCAAAUACUUUUAAAGAAGUUGUGGGAAGCCAAAAGGCUCCAGUUCAACAUCUUUCCAGCAAACCUACUCAUUCUUUCGCGCAUGCCAGAUCGCCUUCUUGGACUGAAGGUGUUAGCUCUCCUGCUGGACGAAGGAUGAAAGUAAAAGAUGUUUCACAAUAUAUGAUCGAUGCUGCCAAAGAGAAUCCUCAACUAGCUCAGAAGCUUCAUGAUGUAUUACUUGAAAGUGGAGUCGUUGCUCCUCGGAAUUUGUUUUCUGAAGUUUAUUCAGAGUCAAUGGAGGCAACAGUUGAAAGCAGAUCUGUUGCUGAAUCCAACGAUGAGAAAGGGGAAGAUUUUGGAACCAUUCAACAAGGAAGAGUCCAGAGCAAUCUUGGUCCUGUGAGGUUUUUGCCUCCACUCCCAAGGCCGCAAUCUAAAGCAAAUACUCAUGAUCAACGGGAACACUCGGGACCUCUCGGUCAUUUGUCUGAUUCUUCACAUUCUGAAACAUCUACCGACUAUCCCAGAAAUGUUCCUGUUGCCGUAGCUGCAGCUGCUGUUGUUGCAUCUUCCAUGGUUGUUGCUGCCGCAAAGUCGGCAAACUCGGAUUCCUCCACCUUAGAACUUUCUGUUGCAGCAGCUGCUGCAGUUGUGGCGACAGCUGCCGCAGUGGGAAGGCAGCUUGAACUAGAUUCGCAAAGCAACGAGGAUGGUGGUUCUGGUGGGCCUUACGGGCCAAGUUCAGGAGGAGAAAGAAUAUCCGACAGAUCUACAGGCAAUGAAAGUUCAAAAUCUGAUGCUGCAAUUGAUGAUGUGGCUGAAUGCGAGAUUCUGUGGGAGGAAAUUACUGUGGCUGAGCGUAUCGGACUGGGAUCAUACGGAGAAGUGUAUAGGGGAGAUUGGCAUGGAACUGCAGUGGCCGUCAAGAAGUUCAUUGACCAAGAUAUUACCGGAGAGGCACUGGAGGAAUUCAGAAGUGAGGUCCGGAUGAUGAGAAGGCUCAGACACCCUAACAUUGUUCUCUUCAUGGGAGCUGUAACCCGUCCCCCAAACCUCUCAAUUGUUACAGAAUUUCUUCCUAGAGGUAGCUUGUAUAGGUUAAUCCACAGGCCUAAUAACCAAUUAGAUGAGCGAAAGCGUCUGAGGAUGGCUCUUGAUGCUGCUCGUGGAAUGAAUUAUUUACACAGCUGUAAUCCAGUAAUUGUCCAUCGUGAUCUAAAAUCUCCAAACCUUCUAGUUGACAAAAACUGGGUUGUCAAGGUGUGCGAUUUCGGAUUGUCUAGGAUGAAACUAAGCACAUACCUCUCUUCAAAGUCAACAGCAGGCACGGCUGAAUGGAUGGCUCCAGAAGUACUUAGAAACGAACCUGCGGAUGAAAAGUGUGAUGUGUACAGCUAUGGAGUCAUUCUAUGGGAACUCUUUACGUUACAGCAACCAUGGGGGAAGAUGAACCCAAUGCAGGUUGUUGGAGCGGUUGGGUUUCAACAUCGACGACUAGAAAUCCCUGAAUCUGUGGAUCCUAGGAUUGCAGAUAUCAUCAGUAAAUGUUGGCAGACGGAUCCAAGGUUAAGACCAAGUUUUGCAGAGAUUAUGACCUCUCUAAAGCAGCUACAGAAACCUAUAAUGAGUCCAAACGUUCAAAGAGCAGCAACUCCCAGUACUUCUUCAAUGAUCACUGAGCAGGAGCAGUAAUAGAGUUGAAGAAGAUGACUAAAGUGGGAUCACUAUGUGCAUGGUUUGUUGUGGUGUGCCUGGUUCAUGUGUAAUUCCCCAAUGUUUUUUUGCGUAACAAACUGUAAAAAGGAAGAAGGCAAAAAAGGAAAAAAAAAAGAAAAGAAAAUUAUUUUGGUAAUGGUGGAAACAUUGAGAAUUGAACUUGAAAGCAUGACUCUCAUGUACAAAAUUCAAAAGAAUUCAUCAUUUACCUUGUUGGGAACAAAAGACUCAUUUAUUUCAGUGAUAUUUGACUGGUAUUA